AGGAUGGCCCUCGUCGGCCACCGUAUGAUGUCGUGGCGUGUGCUGACGUGCCUGAACUUUGCACAGCAAGCAGAGAGCCGUCAGCUGUCCCCCUCACAUCUUUCAGUGUGUUUGUGUUGUGUGACACGUAACGUUCAGACAGGGUGACGGUCAGAGAGACAGUCCGGGCUGAAGAUGAGGCGCGCUGGUCUGGGUGAAGGAGGCUCUGGAGGUUAUGUAGCGAGCGGAUACAGUGUGUAUGAAGAGGAAAAUGAACAGCUACAGGAAGGACUGAGGAAUAAAGUCUCCGCCUUGAAGAGUCUGUCCAUAGAGAUUGGGACGGAAGUGAAGUACCAGAAUAAAAUGCUGGAUGACAUGGACUCGGACUUUGACUCGACAGGCGGCCUGCUCGGCGCCACCAUCGGCAGAGUGAAGCAGCUGUCCAGGGGCAGUCAGACCAAACUGCUGUGCUACAUGCUGCUCUUCUGCUUGUUCGUCUUCUUUGUCCUGUACUGGUUCAUCAAGCUGAGGUGAUAGCAGGACCCUGUUGAGCUCCACAGCCUCCUCCCUGAUCUGUGCCACGCUGACGCAUCUCACAACCACACCAACAUGAUAAUGCUGAGGAGAGGCAGGGAUGUUUCCUCUGUUGUGUUUCAGUUCAACAGCUGCCCAUGUAUCUGAGUAUUUCAUACAAUGACCACAAAUCUGAGUCAUGAAGUCUCCUACUGAUGCUAUUUGAGAGACCCGAAAGAAAAACCGGGUCUGAGACGGUUUAUGACAAUGUGAAGAGGAAAUCAUGUUUUUCUGAAGUAGACACUGAAACUGUCUGUGUACUUGAUAUCAGGAUUGAGAAGAUGAGAUGUAACAUUAGACAUGUAAACUUUAGAAGAUACUUCUGUCAUUAAACCUUAAUCAGAAGCAAGUACACUGAAUAAGAAACUGAUGAAACAGCAAAUAUGUUGUUGAGCCAAAGUGACUGAGAUCUAAAAUGAUACCUGGAAUAAUCUCUGGCUCGGAGGAAUGAACACAAACAUACACAAUUAAUAACGGUGGUCUUCAUUAUUGAUUCAGUGUCAUUGUAAAAAUGUUUUUAAUGUAAAUAAACAAAUUUUAUGCUAAAAA